GUCCCUGACACAAAAGAGCAAAAAUUUGGAAGGAAGCAUGCAAACGUCGAAAGAAACCUGAACCCAGCAUUAAAAAUGAAUACAUUACAAAUCUUUACACUUUACAAGUUCAAGAUAAGUUAAGAAGCCGGAGUUAUCAAAUCGUGAAGGAAAUGCAAAAGUAACAUUUUAUAUUCGAUAAAUGGACACAGGGUACGUGUAAUAAGAAGACAGCAAUGUAUAUUUGUUUGAGGAAUAAGUGGUGAAUUUAAACAGCAGGAGAUAAUAAAAGGUUUACCCUGUGAUGUACAGUACGCGGUAUUUCGCUUCUGUCUGAAAAUUGAUUGAACAAGUACAAUAUCUCAUCUUUCCACAGUGAAUCGAAAUGAUUCCACUCCUACACCGCAUUCUGACAAAAGGAAAGAUGAGAAGAAAAUCCUUUCUUGAUUCAAGCUGGUGAGGAAGCUAAAAUGCCACAAGACUGUGUUUGAAGAUGCGUUGCAAGAGGAGACCUGUAGUUGCUUUCAGUUUCCUCUUUGCUCUGUCUGUGAUGAUGAUAAAUAGCUUUCCGUCCUUCCCUCCUGCCUACUACAGUCUGCAGGAGUUGGAGUCACAUGAAGACUUCAUCAGCCACCAGAGAAACAAGAGGAAAUGAGCUAUCUUUACUUCUGUCCAUGGAGACUGGACACUUGGUAUGAGGGAAGAGCCGAUAAAGUACUUUAUUGAUGAGAAACUUGAGCACAAGCCAAAGAACGGGGCUCGCCCCAGUAAACUUCCUAUGAGCAGCAACACACAUGCCUCAAAAGGAAAAAAGAAAACUCAGGUGUAUACCUCAAAGGCAAGUGAAGGAAGGCACCACCAUGUCUCUGCAAUGGAUGCAGGGGGUGUACCCAGUAGUCGCCAGUUACAAAGGAAGGAAGGUGACAGGAAGAACAUAGUGUCCAUUCGGACGCCUCCAAUUAGUGGGGACUUGCAAAGUUCAAAGAAGCUUAAACUCAUAUUCACUGCAAAGAGCCAAACUAGCGAUGGGGAGUUGUUACAGCACAAAUGCAAACCAGAUGCUCAAGGCUUCACUGGUGCUGCAAAGAAGUUUGUAGUCUCUCUGGCGACUGGAGGAAAGCUGUCUGCUAAUCAUAUUAGAAAACAUGAAAGGGAACCCAGGCCUUCCAUGUCUUUGCGUAGGAAGAGGCUCUGUUUGCUAGGUCAGUGGAAGGAUGGAUCCAGAGCUGUGUCCAUGGCUGCUAGACAGACAAAGUUUGCUUUGUGUGGGAAGCUUGCAGAAGACCCAUUCCCAGAAGAUCUGAAAGAGAGCAUCAGGUUUGGAGAACAGCCACCCCCGUGGUUCAGUCCAGAAGAUGUAAGAAAGAUGAAGCUGCUUGCUGACGGUGUGGUUAUCAAUAAAGCAAGGGUGCCAUCACAUGGACAAGUAAUGAAGGUGGGCCUUAGAUGGAGCACUUCUCCAGAGCCUGAAGACCAAGAACGCCGCUGCCAGGAUGGACUCUGUGCUCUGAUCAAGCUUCCAGAGGACUGGUUUGAAGUCUUUGCCUUCCACUUGAACAGAGUUCUGGGGCUGAACAGGAGCCUGCCAUCCGUGACAAGGAAAUUCCACAGCGAACUUCUUCCAUACAAGUUUACGAGAGGUCCAGCCAGGCCCAUAGUCUGGUGGGAUCCGAACAUUCAGCAUUUAUCCGAUGAUAAUAGUGACCAGAACUCCUUCCCGCUCACUUGGCUGCAGUAUCAAGCUGUGCUCAAGCAGAGAUGUGGUGUGAAAAAGUCUUCCCUGGAGUCAUCAGUACCUUGUGUGCGUGUCCAACACUCGGAGUGGGGCAAGCUUGCCUUCUUUGAUUUCCUGCUGCAGGUCAAUGAUCGUCUGGACUGCUACUGCUGUGGAUUCAAGCCUGAUCCCUCUGAGUCCUGCGUAGAGGAAAUGCUCCACGAAAAGUGUAGAAACCCAAAAGGACAAGUACUGGUGCAUGUUUUGGUUAGGAAGAAGGACCCCACACGACUAGUGUUCAUUGACAAUGCUGGCAGGCCUCACCAUCCUGAAGACAACCUCAACUUCAGGCUGUUGGAAGGUAUUGUUGACGUGCAGGGAGAAAGGCGUUCCUUUGAAAAGGGACUGGACUGAGAGUGAUGUGAACCAAUCAGAUAACAGACAGAGACUAUUGACCGGUGGGGGUUCCUGAGACUGCUGUGUCUGUUUUGAAGUCAGGGUGCCUACAGAGCAUGCUUCUACGGUCCCUAUACACCGACAGGGAAUUCUGGGAGAACCAGAGCAGACUUC